AUGGAUUUCCUGCGGCGUCUAAAUUGGUCCCUCGACCAAGCCGUGGACGUCUUCUUCACCGAGGGCCACAGCUGCCCUCCGGAGCACGUGGAUGCCAGGAAAGUAGAGGCCUUCUUUCUGAAGUACGCCUCUUCCGAGGAUCAGACUAUCAGACCGGAGGGCAUUGAGGAGCUGUGCAAAGACUUGAGCAUCAGCGCCCUGGACCCUGUGACGCUGGUGCUGGCCUGGCACUGCCGGGCGCACCAGAUGGGGAUCUUCACCAGAGAGGAGUUCACCACGGGCAUGCAGCGCCUCGGCGCCGACGAGCUGCCGAAGCUCAAGGCGAAGGUCGCGGACAUGCGCCAGGCAUUGCAGGACCGAGCGGCCUGUAAGGAGGUCUAUGCCUUCACCUUCCAGUUCGCCUUAGACCAAGGCGAUGCCUGCCGGUGGACAUGUGCAUAG